GCUUAUAACUUUGUAUCUGCGUGUAGCAUGGCUUUGCAAACAUUGUCAACUAGAACUGGUGUGCACGUGCAUGUCUGAGGGACCGGAAACCAGGCAAUGGGUUCUAGUCUACACUCAGUCGAGUUGACCUGGCGUACCGGUAGUUCUUGUCAGCAAUCUUUCGUAAAAUCAGAUUUUUAUAGAUGGACCUGGACAUAAGCCUGAAGAUUAUUGGCCUCAGUGGCCUCGUGCAGAACACCAACUUUGUAAUUUUCGGGAUGGGCUUAGCUCUAGCAGCCAUCCAACUGACGUCCGUCGCCCUCACAGUUGACCAGUCCGUGGAGCAUUAUUGUAAGCCGGCACCCAACUUCGUAGCCAAUGAAACAGCGCCUUUAAUCAUUAAAGACGGCCGCCUCGUACCCGAUCGCUGUCAAAUGUACGAAGUCCUGAAUGGGACACUGACGGAGAACACAACGACUUGUCAACACGGAUGGGAAUACCCUGACUUCGAGAAAUACGGAGAAACCAGCUUUGUGACUGACGUGAAUCUUGUUUGCAGUCGUGGCUAUCUGGCAGGCUUACUCAUGUCCAUACACUUCGCUGGCGUGCUGGUGGGUGGUCUCCUCACUGGCCAGGCUGGAGACACGUUCGGUCGCCGUCCAGUCAGCAUGGCCACGCUGCUCUUGAUCAGCGUGCUGGGCACAGCCGUCAGCUUCACGUGGAGUCUGGAGCUCAUGAUGGUCCUGAGGUUCCUCUUAGGGGUGGCAAUACCGGGAAACACUCUGGUUGGCUAUGUCCUCGUGGUUGAGAUGUGCACGCCCAAGAAGCGUCUGCUUAAUCACGUGCUUAUUCAGCUUUUUUGGAGUUUAGGAGUAAUGCUUGUCGCGCCGUUAGCCUACCUCAUGCCCAACUGGCGUCGCUUCCAACUCGUCACGUCUCUAAUGUGUCUGCCGGUCGUCUUAAUCAUGUGCUUCUUUACAUACGAGUCACUCCGAUGGCUUGUUCAGAAAGGCCGGCCAGAUAAGGCAGAGGCCAUCCUACAAAGAAUCGCAAAAUCCAAGAACAUCCAACACGAUGGACCCUUCUUGGUGGACCGAGAGAACCAGGACACGCCUGCCGUCUGCACCAUAAAGCUGUUGGCUAAAUCGGAGCCAGAACGGGAGAAAGACCACGGAGACUGCUCAGGUUCCCCGGUACAGGGAAGACGAACGCAUGACGAGGCCGUGGAUGACGAACGGGAAGGUCACCGCAUCCAACCUUUCAGCACGGGAGAAGACGAGAUUGACCAGAUCGCGAAGACUAGUGGGCCUGCCAACGUCAAAAAGUAUACCAUCCUAGAUCUCUUCAAGACCAGGGUCCUCAUCAAACACACGUCCAUCAUUUUUGUUUGCUGGUAUGUUAUGAAUGCAACCUACUUCGGGUUCACCGUCUAUUCGACCAGUCUGAGUGGUAAUAGGUACCUCAACUUCUUCUUGUUGGCUCUCGUCGAGGCACCGGUCUAUGGUAUCGAUUUCUUCAUUGUCAGGAGAUUUGGCCGGAAAAGGCCAGUCAUCGCCUUUUUCUUCUCUGGAGCAAUGGCGUGUCUGCUGAUUGCUUUCCUCCCUAUGAAAACAGCCAGUGGACUGGAUUUAUCAGCCCUUCUGGUUGCCAUGGCGAUGAUAGGGAAAUUCUACGCCAACGCUGCCUUUGAAGUCACACUGCUGAUAAGUGCUGAGGUCUUCCCCACGGUGCUUCGGAACACUGCAACAGGUAGUUCAUCCACUAUCGGAAGGAGUAGCGCCAUCAUGGCACCGUUCAUUGUGUAUCUGACAGAAGUCCGGAGCUUCUUGCCCAUGGUUAUCUUUGGGUGCCUGUCGCUGGUAGCCUCCGGGCUUGUGAUCCUGCUCCCCGAGACAAAGAACAAACCACUACCGGAGACAUACGACGACGCCUUCAAGUUGCUCGAGAGCCGUGAAGAAGACACAAAGCUGUGAUUACUCAAACAAUGUUUGUUUUAUUCAACUCGUUUCAGUAUGAGUACUGAACUGCCACGUCUUUUAAACUAUAUGCCUCCAUAGUAUGGCACUUGCGUGUAGCAGGUUAUUAAAAUAAUUUCAUUCUGAGCAUUGUAUAUUUAUUCGAGCAGACAGUAAACUAAUUUAUUAAGUUUAAAACGAGAAAAGGUUUUUAUAUAACUAAUUUGAGGAUUUAAAAUACCUGGGACCUCUGGAUAAAGCAUAUAAAGGAUCCAGGAAAUGCCUUUUUCUUAGAAUCACUUUUUUGUGUAUCUCUGUACUCUUCUUCCAUGUAUGAAGGC